UAAGGUUAUAGUUGUACGUCUGUUUUUUGUUGUCUUUUUGUGAGUGAAUAGGAGCAGGUGGAUUUAAGAAAAAGGAAUAUUUAAAUGACUUGCAAUUAUUUAGAGAAAUUUUCUCCUUUUUUUGUUCGAUUAUCUUGAUACUUCCUCAUUGAAUUUAUUUACUGUUUUUAAUUUUGAUUGUGGAUAAAUUGAAAGUACGAUGUCGAAUAUUGUAGCAGGGAAAAUCGCUUUUGUUACAGGUGCCGGCAGUGGCAUUGGAAAAGCCACGUGUCGUAUUUUGGCUAGGGAGGGAGCAAAAGUCAUUGCAACUGAUAAAAAUUUAAAGGCUGCAGAACAAACUGCAUCGUUUUUAGAAGGUUCUGGACAUUUGGCAAUGACGAUUGACGUCAGUGAAACAGAUAGUGUAGAAAGAGCGUUGAAAAUGUGCAUAAAUCAUUUCUCAAAACCACCAAAUGUUGUUGUUAAUUCUGCUGGAAUAACUCGAGACAAUUUCCUCUUGAAAAUGGACGUUGAUGAUUUUAAUGAAGUGCUGAAAGUAAACUUACAGGGUACUUUUAACAUAAGUAAAUACGCUGCCAAUCAAAUGAUUGAAUCUGGUGUAGCUAAUGGUGGUUCAAUUAUUAAUAUAUCGUCGAUUAUUGGCAAAAUUGGAAAUAUGGGACAGUGUAAUUAUGCCGCAUCAAAGGCAGGAGUUGUCGCUUUAACAAGAACAGCUGCCAUGGAAUUUGGAAUAUUUGGUAUUAGGGUGAAUGCAAUUCUUCCUGGAUUUAUUGACACUCCAAUGAUUGCUAGUGUUCCGGAAAAAGUAAAAGAAAUGUUUAUAGGUAUGAUUCCUCUGAAAAGAACAGGAAAACCGGAAGAGGUUGCGGAAGUGAUAACAUUUUUGGCUUCGGAUAGAAGUUCUUACGUGAAUGGAACAAGCAUUGAGGUUGCGGGAGGAUUUUAAAUCAUUAUAUUUAAUUAUUAUAAAUACUUUGUACAUUUGUGAAAAAACUGAGUACUUUUUUAUACUUGAAAAUAUAAAACGAAGAAAAAAUAA